CGUAUACGUCACCAUCAACAGUGUAAAUUUGUGAUACUCCGAGAGGAGAAGGUACUUUGUCGUUAAAUUAUAACAUUUAGGUGGUAACAAUAUUUAUAUUGUAGUGGACGAGACGGAGGAGGCUAUGCUGUGUGUCGGCGACGCCCAUUUUCGUAAUAGAUUAUAAGCUGCCAAGGGGUUUAACUGAAACUGUCAAGUUGAGGAGUUGUUGUGGAUAUAAUCCUUAGUUUGUGUAAAGAUUGAUCGGGAGUUGAAGUGCAAUAAUGGACAGCAAGGGCAGGAAAGUCAUCGUCUGUGACAAUGGAACGGGGUUUGUCAAGUGCGGCUAUGCGGGAUCCAAUUUUCCAGCAUAUAUAUUUCCAUCCAUAGUGGGACGACCCAUCAUCCGAGCUACCAACAAAAUUGGGGACAUCGAUGUCAAGCAAGAACUUUGUGUCCGCGAUCUUAUGGUUGGCGAGGAAGCUAGUAAAUUACGGUCUAUGCUGGAAAUCAGUUAUCCAAUGCAAAAUGGUAUUGUUAGAAAUUGGGAAGAUAUGUGCCAUGUGUGGGAUUACACCUUUGGUCCGGAAAAGAUGAAUAUCAAUCCCAGGGAGUGUAAAAUUCUUUUGACAGAACCGCCAAUGAAUCCCAUAACAAAUAGAAAAAAAAUGAUUGAAGUAAUGUUUGAAAAGUAUCAAUUCGCUGGGACAUAUAUUGCAAUUCAGGCUGUACUGACGCUUUACGCUCAAGGUUUAAUUAGUGGAGUCGUUGUGGACUCUGGCGACGGUGUGACUCACAUAUGUCCAGUUUACGAGGAAUACGCCUUGCCUCAUCUUACGCGAAGGUUAGACAUUGCCGGUCGUGAUAUCACGAUGUAUCUCAUAAAGCUGCUCAUGCAGCGCGGCUAUGCAUUCAACCAUUCUGCAGAUUUUGAGACUGUCAGAAUGAUUAAAGAAAAGCUCUGCUAUGUAGGGUAUGACAUUGAAACCGAGGAGAAGCUUGCACUUGAGACAACCGUUCUUGUGGAAUCUUACACGUUACCUGACGGCCGCGUAAUAAAAGUUGGUGGAGAGAGGUUCUCAGCGCCAGAAGCAUUAUUUCAGCCGCAUUUAAUUAACGUUGAGGCUCAAGGCAUUGCCGAACUUGUAUUUGACACGAUUCAGUCCGCCGAUAUCGACAUGCGUAGUGAAUUGUACAAGCACAUAGUACUUAGCGGAGGCAGUACCAUGUAUCCCGGUUUACCGUCGAGGCUCGAGCGAGAAAUAAAGCAACUUUAUUUGCAACGAGUAUUAAAGAAUGAUAUUUCAAAGUUGAAUAAAUUUAAGAUAAAAAUUGAAGACUCACCCCGAAGAAAAGACAUGGUGUUUAUAGGGGGAGCGGUACUAGCUGAAAUUUCCAAAGACAGAGACGAUCACUGGGUACUGCGAGAAGAGUACGAAGAAAAAGGACUAAAUGUGAUGAAGAAGUUGGGUUCGCCAUACGUCUGAGACUAACCCUAUCCUAGAUUUUCUUUAUUUCUACAAUAAAGAAUACGCAUUUACUAGUAUCUAGGAGAAUAAAUAUUACAUUUUUGGGAAGGCACAAUAAGCGUGCACAAUAUUGGUGCAGUUUAAUAAUAAAUGCUCUGGUCAAAGCGCUCGCAAAACGGAUCGAUACGAACAUAAUUGCAAGGAAACAAUAAUCAACACGAGAACUAUUCGAAGCAUUAAGCAGAUCUCUUUUUUAAUAUUCCACAAGGAGCACGUUUUUCAGAGCGCCAGUAAGAUAUUGCGUCGAUAGUUUCUACAGGGAUGUCAAAAUUCUCUAUUGACAUCCAACACUUGUAAAUAUUAACUCUUUUAUUAAAAAACAGUGUAAAAAAAAA